AUGGCGCUUAACAUUUCCAUAGUUUUACCACACUCCAUUUAUGAGAAUAUUCAGCUCCUCAGCAAUAGAGCCAGAAGUAACUUGAAGCCCAAGUAUAGAUUUCAGAGAUGUGAAAGAGUGAAAGGAAUGUGUAAAACAUUUUGUGAUGAUGAUGAAUAUGAUUACGGAUACUGCAUUAAAUGGAGAAAUCAGUGUUGCAUAUAA